UCUUUCUCAAUCUCUGAAAAUGAAAUUUAAAUUCUGAAUAUUUUAUUCUUUUUUCUUUCAAACCCUCUACUAAUCCAUGUCAUUUUUUAUUUUUUUUUAUUUUCUUAAACGUCGACUAAUGACGUGACAGGUGUCCGGUGUCCGAGUAUAUUUUUCAAAAGUAAAAGAGGAAGGGAAUAAAAUAGGUAAUGAUUAAUGACGAAAACCCCACCCCACUCCUGCUUCCACUUAUUUUCUGUGUGCUGCUUCUGCCUAUUUAAAAUGGGCAAAUAAUCUGUAAAGAGAAGAGAGGCAGUGAUGGAAACAGCAAUGCUGCACUUUCUUUACUAUUUGUUCAUAGCAGUUUGUUGGUGCAGUGGUAACAUACUGCAGGCUAUUGAAUUACCCAACUACACGGUCAUACUCUCUCAAUCAGAUUUUCAGAUUAGACUCUACAAUGAAUCCACGUGGGUAUCAGCCCGUGUCUCUGGAACUUCCUUUGACCAGUCCUACAGAAAUGGAUUUCAAAGGUUGUACCAGUAUAUCCAUGGCGCGAACUCGAAUUCUUCAAAAAUUGCAUUUACUGCUCCAGCCUUAACGAGUGUGCCGUCUUCAUCGUCACCCUCUGGGAAUGCCUAUAUUGUAAGAAUAUUCAUAUCAACUCGCUUUCAUGGGAAACCUCCGCUGCCCAAUCCUGAACUGAAGCUGUGGAUAGAGAAGUGGAAAAGUCGGUGCAUAGCAGUUAGGAAGUUCAGUGGGUAUGCGAAUGAUCAUAAUAUUAACAAAGAAAUCGAAGCUCUUGUAACUACCCUAAACAAGCAAUCCAUAACAAUACAAGAUACCACCUCCUAUAUCAUUGCCAACUACAAUGCUUCCUCUCAUAAUACUACUCAACGCUUAAAUGAAGUGUGGAUAAAUGUGUCGGGAAUUGGGACGCAGUGCUGAGUGUUUUUCUCCGUUGAAGUGCAGUAUCUUGUUUGUGUCAUUGUGCUUGGAAUGCAGUGGCGGACCUAUGUGUACACCUAAAAUUAUUAUUAAGUAUCUGAAAAAAAGUUAAUUUUACCCUCUAAUUUUAUAUAUUUGAAAUUGUUUAUCAUUGUUCUAUGAUAGACCUGUGUGUAACUUAAAGUGUAUAGAUACACUACUUGACUUGUCCCACUGAUUUCAGGUCUUAGAUCCGCCACUCUUGAAAUGGCUUGUGUCAAUGAUAUCAUUUAUAUGUGAAAUGUCUACUGUUUCGGCGUUCGAGGAGGGUUUAAUGUAAAUAAAAG